AUGCAACUAGCUGCAACUAUUCAUUGACAGAUAUGCCACUCAACGGCUGAAUUUUCAGCUUGAAGUUGAUCGAGAAAAGAUGUCUCAUUCCAAGUUUCAGCCCUUUUUAUCCUGGUGUCAAAUAUGACAGUAAUUUCUAUACUAAAGCUCUGCUGUAUUCAGGUAAAAAACAAAGAAAACAUAAAAAAUAGCAUAUUUGAAGAAGAAGUUCUGACUAAUUCAGUAUGCUGCUUCAUGAUUAUUAAAUUAUUUAUCCAAAUCAGUAUUACUAAUUAA